AUGUCGAGCAGGCAAGUUCAGCAGUCGUUGCAGGAUAUUCUGGGGUAUACGGAUCGAGAAGAGGUUGAUUGGGGGAAAGGUUACUUGAAGAAGUUGGUUACUACGACUACCACGUUGUACAAUACAUCUGCGAGCAAGAUAGUACUUACUCCAGAUGAGGAAGUGGCUCGUUGUCACAUAUGUGCUGUUCUUGCAGCGGAGAGGUUAGCGGAGAAGCAUAUGCCUGAUCUGAAAUACUAUACGGAUAAGAUACCCUUGCAACCCAGUAGGGUGAACAAUCUUAUGGGAUACUUUAAGCAGAAUUUGUUUAAUAUGUCCCCUGUAAAGGAUAUGAGUUGGACACCGAGUCCGAUGAAGAGAAGAACAAGGUCACCUGUGAAGAAUAACGAUCGAUUCACAGCGCAAGACCCACAAUCGUUGAAGAAACAGCUGUUUGGUACACCUACAAAGAGCACGGGAUCUCCAUCACCGUUUGUAGUACCACAAUCUCCGGAUAAAAGUAAUAGUAACAGUCCUCGGAAAAUUAGAAGGAAAUUGGCUUUUGAAGAAGAUGACGAUGAAGCCGAUGAGUCAGUAGUACCAAGCAAUGACUCAAGGUCUAACUCAAACAAUAACUUAAGAGAAGAUUCUGAGACACCAAGCGUUAUAGAUAGCUCUUCAACAGCUCCUGUGUUUGGUAAUGUCGCCAUAACAACACCAAGUAAGAGGGUACUUGAUGAAGAUUAUAAAGAAGAUGAUGAAUCUCGUGAAUCAUCAGUGCAAACAGAAUCCAGUCCAAGAAAGAGGCGAUUAGAAUCUCCAAGAAAGAAAAAUUUAUUAUCAUUGUUGGAAAAGAGGCACGUAAAUAUUUCUGCUGCAGAUAUUAUUAAGAUCUGCAACACAUUCGAGUUACCAAAAGACGUUGCAUUCCAUGUCUUAGAAGAGUAUUAUGCAAGAUCUUCUUUCCUUACCUACUCCUGGCAACUCGUUGCUGGUCUAGUCAUAAAUUGUGUAUUUAUAGUAUUCAAUGAGAGAAGGCGAAAGGACCCAAGGAUAGAUCAUUUGAUUCUGACAAGAAUGCAAAAAGAAAUGAAGAGUAAAGACCUUAGUGAAGUCAUAGACAGCACAAAAAUGGUCAAAGAACUUCUCGAAGGUCAACAAUGGUACCGUGAACUAGAAGUUAAAUACAACUACUUUGAUGGAGCUAGUUACAAUGAAGUAUUGGCAAAGAAGCUAGGAUCUAUGUUACAGCCUAACAACAUCCUAGCGACUGAGGAUCAAUAUAAGAAUUGGUCAAGAAGAAUAAGGGAGGAUAUUUCAAUUCGUGAGCUAUAG